AAGCUAAGAAAAUAGGUGGGCAGGAAACAAUUUUGUUGCAAGAACCAUCGACCUAGCGAACAAGGCAGGAGCCCACACUGGAUAGAUAGAUAGAUGGAUAGCUAGUUAGUUAGCAAAUGCAGCUUGGAAAUUAAUCAUAAUGACAGUAAGCUAUAGAGCUAGCUUAGUUAUCAAAAUACUUAAGUGAACUGCAAUGGGAUGUCAAUUGCGCUACUCAUUUGAACAAAUGUGUAAUGUGGUAAUAUUAGCCAGCUAGCUAACGUGCAUUGCCAUUCUUAUAUCGCUAUCAGAAUUCUGAUUUGGUUAUCGCUCGCUGGAUUCUCUUACACAUUUUGUAAAUCAGGCUAGCUAACGUUGCUAGCUAUUUUUCAGGUGCAUUAAACUACUGUAUCUAUCAAUAAGGAGAAUAAUUGACAACCAUGGAAAAAGUCACGAAAAUACUGGUUCAUCUGUCGAAGAAUAAUGUCGCACCGCAAUGUGCACGUUUUGUGCAGGUCAGUUGUGCAUGUGCUAUGUUUUUGUUAAUUGUCACUUCAACACUAGCCAAAUGCCAAUGUCACGUGGAAUUUAUGAAAACGAGGUGCGCGUGGGUGCUAUGGCGGUGUUUGGUUUUUACUGUAGGACCAUUUUAAAGGGGUAGUUCACCCAAAUUACAAUAAUACUGUACAUAUACACUACAUGACCAUAAGUAUGUGGACAACUGCUCGUCGAACAUCUCAUUCCAAAAUCAUGGGCAUUAAUAUGGAGUUGGACCCCCCUUUGCUGCUAUAACAGCCUCCUCUCUUCUGGGAAGGCUUUCAACUAGCUGUUGGAACAUUGCUGUGGGGACUUUCUUCCAUUCAGCCACAAGAGCAUUAUUGAGGUCGGGCAUUGAUAUUGGGCGAUUAGGCCUGGCUCGCAGUCGGCGUUCCAAUUCAUCCCAAAGGUGUUCGAUGGGGUUGAGGUCAGGGCUCUGUGCUGGCCGUCAAGUUCUUCCACACCGAUCUCUACAAACCGUUUCUGUAUGGACCUCGCUUUGUGCACAGGGCAUUGUCAUGCUGAAACAGGAAAGGGCCUUCCACAAACUGUUGCCACAAAGUUGGAAGCACAGAAUUGUUUAGAAUGUCAUUGUAUACUGUAGUGUUAAGAUUUCCCUUUACUGGGACUAAGGGGCCUAGCCCGAACCAUGAAAAACAUCCCCAGACCAUUAUUCCUCCUCCACCAAACUUUACAGUUGGCACUAUGCAUUGGGGCAGGUAGCGUUCUGGCAUCCGCCAAACCCAGAUUCGUCCUUCGGACUGCCAGAUGGUGAAGCGUGAUUCAUCACUCUAGAGAAUGCAUUUCCACUGCUCCUGAGUCAAAUGGCGGCAAACUUAACAGCACUCGAGCCGACGCUUGGCAUUGCGCAUGGUGAUCUUAGGCUUAUGUGCGGCUGCUCGGCCAUGGAAACCCAUUUCAUGAAGCUCCCGACUAACAGUUCUUCUGACGUUUGGAACUCGAUAGUGAGUGUUGCAACUGAGGACAAGCAAUUUUUAAGCACUUCAGCACUCGGCGGUCCCGUUCUGUGACCUUGUGUGGCCUACCACUUUGCGGCUGAGACGUUGUUGCUCCUAGACGUUUCCACUUCACAAUACAGCACUUAUAGUUGACCAGGGCAGCUCUAGCAGGACAGAAAUGUGACAAACUGACUUGUUGGAAAGGUGACAUCCUAUGACGGUGUCACAUUUUAAAGUCACUGAGCUCUUCAGUAAGGCCAUUCUACUGCCAAUGUUUGUCUAUAGAGAUUGCAUGGCUGUGUGCUCUAUUUUAUACACCUGUCAGCAAUGGGUGCGGCUGAAAUAGCCAGAAUCCACUAAUUUGAAGGGGUGUCCACAUACUUUUGUAUAUAUAGUGUAUAUUUCCUUAAUCUAUGGGCCAGAGAUUGCCAUCCAUAAUCUGAAUUUGUAUAUUGAUAACCAAAAAACAAUGACUGAAUGGACCCAUAGCAGGCCUAGUACUUUCCCCUCCAAAAUACAUUGAAAUUAAGGAAUUUAGCUAAGUGGUUAGCCUUUAUUCUUCUAGUUGCUGACACUUCAAAGGUUGUUAUGAGGUGAAUUAUGCAACAGUUAAAAAACUUCUUUUUUUUACCACUUAAUUUUCUGUUAGAGCAUAACAGGUCAUUUUACAGAGACUCUUGAUGAUGAGGUGGAGGUGAAGUGUUCUUUGGAGAACAAUCGCUUUAUACUGUGCGACUGCGAGAAGGGGAGAGGAAUUCCCCUAAAGGUAAUGGCUCAAUGAAACACAUUCAAUUUAAUAAACUGAUAGGUUUAAUUGUUUUAUCAAUUGUGGUCACAUUUCCAUACCUCAGACAGUUGUUGUUUUGUGUAUCCCAUAGAAAUAAUUGUUGGUUGACUGAAAAAGUGUAAUGGAAAAUGUUUGAGUUUAUUUGGUUGAUAUGUUUUUUUCUCAGAGGGCAUCCUUUUGCCCCUUCAAGUAUCUGUCUGUCGCAGAGGCAGCUGCAAUCCCAUUGGACGUUCAGAGCCGCGGAGUGGACGUGGGGGUUGCUAUUCUUCUGCAGUCAGCCAAUCAGAAGGUGUUGUUAACUCGACGGUCGUCCAGUCUUCGCAUUUUCCCCAAAUGUGUGGGUUCCACCAGGUAUGGCAUCAUUCUGCGGAAGUAACCUUUCAAAAUGAAAUGGCAUUCCAUAGGAAGACAUAUUGGGUAACCCAAUUGACCUUACUGAUGUUUCCUGAUAUUGAAACCUUUUUUAUUUCAGGUGGCCAUGUGGAACUGGAUGAGAGGGUAACGUUUCUAGAUGCUAUAGCUAUUAAACAGUGGAAGAUAAAUUAGAUUAUUCCCCAUAAGUGUCUUUGCCUGUGGUUUCAAUCCCCUCAUGGUCUCUGGGGUCAAUUCCCUUUUAGCUCAAUCAAGCUUGUUCUGUGUGUUUGCCUCAUAUCUCUCUUGUUUGUCAGCUCCUGGAUGCGGGGCUGAGGGAGCUGAGGGAGGAGACAGGACUGAAGCUGGACCCUGGAGACGUCUCAGCUCAGCUGCUGGGGCUCUGGGAGGUGUGGAAACCACUGUCACUACACAUCACAUUUCUAGCCCCAGAGAAUAGUUUGUUAAAUAAUAAUAUGUAAAUGCAUUAGAAAAACCUACUGGCCACAAUUCCAUACACAUUUGAUGGUCCUCUGUAGCUCAGCUGGUAGAGCACGGCCAUUGUAACGGCAAGGUAGUGGGUUCGAUCCACGGGACCACCCAUACACAAAAAAAAUGUAUGCACGCAUGACUGUAAGUCGCUUUGGAUAAAAGCGUCUGCUAAAUGGCAUAUUAUUAUUAUAUAAAUUCUGAUUUGUCUGACAGUCCUGUUUGCUCAUGUUGGCUCAAAUGUUUGUUCAUUUUGUCUCUUCACAGUCAGUUUUCCCGCCCAUGCUGAGCAGAGGGAUGCCACAGAGGCACCAUGUGGUCACCUACAUGCUCCUAAACACCUCCCUCACACACCAGCAGCUCCAGGUGUCUGUCUGCCUGCCUGUCUGCCUGCCUGUCUGCCUGCCUGUCUGUCUGUCUGUCUGUCUGCCUGCCUGUCUGGUGUUAUCAUUAAAGGAACACAAAUCAAAGAGAAUGCCUCUGACUCACUAAAGACUAUCUUUGUUCCAGGCCUCUCUGCACCCCGAACCCGCUGAGGUCAGUGGUUGUCUGUGGGUGGAUGCCUCGCUGGUCAAGGCCAUCGUGUCCGCCGUGGACGGAGAGGAGGGUUCUGGAACACCGCAGGAGGGCCUAGCUCCAACCAUAAGGUACAUCACAUCCACAAAGUAAUGUACUCAAAACAUAACAGACAUUAAAAAUAGAUUAUAUACUGUACCAUUGACAAGUAUUUCCUCUGACAUUAAUUAUUUAAUCGGUUUCCUCGUAACAAUGUUGGCAUUUUGUUUCUGUGGUGUUGGUUCUCCAGUGUAUCGGAGGUCUCUCCGGAAGGUGGGCUCAGUGAGUCAGUUCUGCCAUUAUCUGUUUUGUGUAACCGGGCCACGGCUAGCGGAGAGGAUGUGGAGCGGGUAAGCACUGGUACCAAAUAUGCCCUGGAGCUCUGGCUUAAGAACUUGGAGGGACAGGGGACCCGGUGUUAACUGUCUUCACUAAACCCGGACGUCUAGCCCUGUGAUGAAGUGACUUCCUGGAGGAUGACAUCGCUUCCUGGAGUUUGCCUUAACCGGUGAAGGUCACCUAAAGUGAACUAUCAUCUUUUAAAAAAAUAUUGUACGGAUUAACCAAUAAUGAACUUUGGGUGAACUAUCCCUUUAAUAUCAACAGCAACACCUACAAGUCUUAUCUGGCUGUUUGAGGGCUUUGCAUGAGCUAUCAAUUGUGUUGUGUGUAAAAACAGUUUUUAUUGCAAGGAUGUUGUUAGUGAUGAAAUGUGAUGGAACAAAGUGGAUUUACACUGCAGAUGCUUUUAUGAUCAUUAUAUUCCAUUUGCGCCUUCAAGCCACAAGAUGGCAAUGCAUAGCCUACACAGUGAUUUCACAUAUGGAAACGAGCGCGAAAACAAUCAGAAUUCUGAUUUAAGUUUACAUAAUUAUCUUGACUUGUAAAUAAGAAUGUGUUCUUAACUGACUCUCCUGGUUAAAUAAAGGUAAAAUAAA